UGCUCGGCAACAUUUAACACAAGUUCAGGAGAACACCCAAUCUGGAAGACCUUUGUUGCUCUCUUGUUCGUGUGCACGGAACAAUUCUUUCAGGAACACAACAACUGCUGCGUUUUAUAAUAUUAUUGGAGUUCUGUUUCUCUCUCAAGGAUCAUACCUAUUUUAUAAAAUAAAAGUUGCAACGCCUAAAAAUAUGGAGACUCUUCCUUGUAUAAAUAAAGAUGAUCCUCGUCUAAGGCUGAAAGUGGAGAAUAGAAUGAAAAACAUUUUCGUAACGCAAUUUGAGGAAACUAGAGAAGAAUAUGAAAAUGUCAAUCACAUACCGGUUAUAACAGAGACCGCUAGCAGAGUCCUGGAGACAGGAGUGAACACAUUACAGAGAACCCUUGUCCUGAAGAAGCAGGUGGAGGUGGAUGAAGUGGAUAGGCAGCUGACACAGAAACGGCAGGAAUUCAAAGGCCGCAUGCAGGCCCUUGCACAGAGGAGGGCAGAGCUAGAGCUAAAACAGCAGGCGACUAAAGACAGAGCUAAGAAAUUUGAGAAGUUUGUUGAGGACAAUGAAGUGAAGCGCCGUCGGGCCCUGAAGAAGUACCAGGUAGCGAGGACGCAGAACGAUCUGAAGCAGAACGAGAAAGAGGAGCUCACUGAACAGCUGGAAAAACUGCAGGCCAGGCAGCAGUAUUUAAAGGACAGGGUGACCAUGUAUAAAAUGUACGAAGACUACAUGAUGAAAAUGUUAGAUUUCCUCCCGGAGAAUUACCUGGAGUAUGGGGCAGACUCCCUGGUGAUGCCCAUCAUCCGGCGCCAUGAGACCCUGUCCCUCACCCAUCAGGACCUGGUGGAGCGCCUGGGUCAGCUGGUGGAGGAGCUGGAGCAGGGCCAGCGUAGCCUGGACAGCCUGAAGCAGGAGCACAACACCAACAAGCUGAUGAUGAACAGGGAGCUGUCUGAACUGCAGACCCAAUGGGACAGAGCCAAGGAGAAGAACAACCAGACUGAGAUGAAACUGAUGAUGCACCAAGGCCAGUCCAGAGACCAGGUUGAGGAAGUAGGUAGCCUGCUGAUAGCUGUGAAGAACCUUGCAGAGCAGUGCUACUUACACCACUAUGGGCCUCUGGAAGAGAUAGACAUGCUGACGAUGAUGGAUAUGGUAAAGGAAUACAUUCUUGAGAGGGCAGACAUCGUGAUGAGAGCAACACGACUGAUAGACUCAGGCUCUGUAUUGACGAGUGCCACAGAGCACAGAGGAUCAUUGAAAAACAUUAACAGUAAAACACAACUGAAGAGCACCAGCAAAACCAGUGGGAGGAGUGGACUGUCUAGUUGAUCAAUGCCGAAUAGACCUUUUACGAGUUUGUGGAGAAACACACGAAUACAACCAUGCAAGUGUACGCACGCACGCACGCACAUGCAUACGGACAGAGUAAAGGGUGUGAGUGCAAUAUAAGGUACUUCCAACUUGUUGUUGUAAUAGUGUUACAAUAGUAUCAUUCUUUGUGGUGAAGUUAAAGUUGCUUAUGAAGGAAAUUGCUGUGGUUGUAAUUCAUUUGUACAUGAAUUUCUCAUAAAGCCUAAUAUAAGAUUUAUGAUUGAAAAUUGUUAGGAUGAAUUCAAAUAUUCAUUGUUUUAUUCCUUGAUUUAUUUUAAAAUAGUUUUUAUAAUGUUCA